AUGGAGAGCAUUCCCGUGGCUCUUCUGGUCGAUUUUUUGCACGCAGCUCUUUCUAGCAAGCGCCAAGACAGAGCAGUGCACCGCACAUCUUGCGGCGCAGCCAUCAAGGCAUUGCGCUGGCUGGCCAAGCACCUGCAAUGGCAAGCCCUCCAGCUAUGCGCGCAAAACAAUUUGGUGACCUCCUAUUCCAAGCAAGUCGAAGCAUAUGAUAAACGCGAGGCAGUGCCACUGCCCCUGUCCCUGGUCCUUGCGUGGGAGCAAUGCAUAUGUCGCAGCGACGCCCCGCUGACCACCAAGCUUGUCCUAGGGGCAAUUCUGGUCUGCACGCGCAGCAGCAUACGCUUUGGCGAUGCACAGCGUGUGCGCUGGGGCUCACUUCAACUGAGUACACAAGGCCUGCACGCCACCGCAUACGCAACUAAAACCACCAAAGCAGGGCAACCCUUCUUCUGCGCCUGGCACGGCUUGUCGGGGCGCGAUGCAAGCACUUCAUGGCUUCUGCACUGGCUUGCAGCGCUGGCAAGCAUACCUAAGGCCAUCUUCGAGGUACACGCCGACACGGUCGAACCGGAUUACUUGUUCCCGCACCUAGACAUGCACUGCAUCUCAGUGGAGUACCUGGCCCCCGCAAGCUACACACGCACCUUGCUCUGCCUUCGCUGGGCAGCCCAGUCCAGCAUGCUUUCAGGAUCAGCAUCCCUCACGUUGACCCUGCGCAGCAUGAAAUCCACAGCACUCGCAUCGGCAGCCCAGCUCCGCCUCUCUAGGGACGACAGGCUGUCACAGGGCCACCACCGUGACAGCGCACGCCUGUACUCUCGCAACGACACAUUUGCAAGCCUGCGCAUCCAGCGCAGCAUCGCACUUGCAAUCGCGGACGGCUGGCGUCCACAGCGGUCAAUGGCUCGUGGGGGCAGUGCCCCUGUCCCAGAGCCUCCCUUCACUGCACCUCGCACACAUCCAGCAGAGCACCUUUCAACCUCGUCUCUCCUCGAGGGACCUUGGCGCAUCUUCACUUCCAGGCACGAGUCCAUUCAUGCAACGCAGGAACUGGCUGACAGCUCGCCUGUCUCUUCCCCGGCAAGCACGGGUCCAGCUGUCCCUCCAGAGGACCCUGCCAUCGAGCUCGACAAAGCUUCCGACCCAGAAGCCGAAGCAGUAGAGGAAUAUGCUCUCCUGCACGGCUCAUCAGAAAGCGAAGCAGAGGCCACAGCACUGCACGUGGACCUUGACGCUCGCACCUACGUGUGUUCAGGUCCGUGGGGGAGCAUGCACGUCCCCACCGCAGAGUCACUGCAGGCCUACACGCUGGCUCUGCCGAAGCUCGGCUCCUUGGCAGUUUGCAAGCUCCGCGCAGCAUGCGGGGCACACCUUGGCCCUGCCUCGUUCGUAGCCGUAUGCAAAGAGCCCGUCUCUCUCUGCAGGUCGCCGGCUUUUCGAGACGUACCGGAGACCUUGCAGACAGCGUUACAGCAGACAGGUCUCGCUAGCAUUUCCGAUUUUGCCUAUGCCUACACCUCUUCAGAGGAUCUCUCCACGUUCAUCGCAAAGCAAAGCCAAAGCCUCUGGGACGACCUGCAGGUCACAGACCCAGAGCGCUGCCCCGCAGUAGCCUGUCUGCGCAGAGCACUCGACUUGAGCAAGGCAGUCACUCGCGCCAAGGUGGCCGCGCUUACCGAGACCAUGAAAAAUCUGCAGCUCAAGCACGGAAACAAGACGCUCUGCCUACGCUUCAAUCGCGUAGAGUGCAACGACAAGAACUGCAAAUUUGCAUAUCUCUGCGCGGUGCGCCUUCCAAAUGGCCAGGCCUGCGGGCAACGCCAUCCUGCCUCACAGCACCGCACCAAAGCACCAGCUGACAAAGCAGAGCCGCCCGCGCCGCCUGCAGCGCAUACCUGA